AUGGCAUCUGCUGUACUCCUGCUUCAAAGGAUUGAUGGGGAGGUCGCAAGAAUAGGGAUGGUGCUACAAGCUUUCAUCAAGGUCAAUGCUCAUGGAGGUGACGUCAAUGCUGUCUUGAAAAAAAUCGAACCAUGCAGGAAGACUGUAUCUUUUUUGAGGAUCAGGAAGACUGCAUCUAAUCUUUAUAGAGAAUAA